ACCUGUGUCCAAAUUCCGUACACAGGUCCAAUUCGGAAUUUUCACCGAGCCUUCCACCAGAGAGAGCAUAGGAAUUGCAGCAAACAAGAUGGGACAAAACGAGGCCAUUUGGUAUAAUUCGGGUACAUUCUAAGUCGAAACAGUCGAUGAUACAAUCAGGAAAGAAAAUAACAAUGUGAUAACAAAAAAAAAACACGUUCUAGGAAUUCUCAUGGCAUAAAAUCCUGUCUGUCUCGUUUCCAUCUUCAACAAAGCCAAGCUAUCCAUUAGCUGUAACAGAGAAACCAAGCAAAUAUCUAUGAUUCAAUCGACCAUUUAAGUCGAGAAGUCGAUGUGCGUCCUCAUCCAUAACAGUCAAAGCAUAGAAACCUUUCACUCUCUGCCAAAGCAAUAAUGGGUUCUUGGUCUCUUAGUAAGAUCCUUCUUGCUUCGGUUCUGAUCACGUUUUCAAACCAAAACGUUGCUGGAGGAGGGCCUGCAACAGGUUACGACAGACAGGAGAGAGAUGCCCUCUAUGCUCUCAAAGCCAAUUUCAAUCACCCAUUUCUGAACAAAAACUGGACAGGCCUGCAGUGUUACAUGAACGAACCGCCUUACUGGUAUGGGAUUCAGUGCAUAAAUGGAAGGGUCACGGGGAUCUUGUUAGAAAACAUGGACCUCACUGGAACCAUAAAAUUCGACACGUUCAUCUUCCUCCCGGAGCUGGUUGCCUUAAGCUUUCGGAACAACUCGCUCACGGGGACCCUGAUGAACUUCGCCGCCAAUCAGCAGCUGACAAGUGUUGACCUAUCCGGCAACAAGUUCCAUGGCCCAAUCUCUCAGUCUCUCGCAAGUCUCGAUCUUUUGAUCUCGCUUCAGCUCCAGGGGAACAACUUGACAGGCCAAAUUCCUGAGUUCGAUCAACCCACGCUGAUCCUGUUCAAUGUGUCGAACAACAAUCUCAGCGGGCUAAUCCCUUCAACCCGAACCCUCCAGUCUUUUGGGCCUGACUCAUUCUUGGACAACCCCAAAUUGUGUGGUCCGCCCACCUUGAACUCAUGCAAUUUGAGCACCUCUAAAGAGCAACAAGAUGGGUCGCAGGCUCCCGAGCAGCCUCCAGGUGAAAGCAACACAAAGUCGAACAAGAAAAACUCUUCCUUAUCUCAUUAUGCAGUUAUCUUCCUGCUCUUCGAUGUUGUUGGGCUUGUUGCCGUUGUUAUCCUGUUCUUCCUGUACUACAAGAAAUCCAAGGAGCUGAAGAAGUUCAUGAAGGACGAAAACAAGGAGGAGGAGGAGGAGGAGGAGGAAGACGAAAGAGUGCGAGUGCAAGUCCAAGUGCAAGGCAGGAGAUUGGAGGAGGCCAACAGAGACCAAGAAAAGCCCGAGGAAGCAGUAGUUGAGGGCAGGAGGUCCGUGUUCGGUGCAGAAGAAAAGGAAGGGAAGCUCGUAUUUAUGGACAAGAGCAUAGCCAAUUUCGAGCUCAGUGAUCUCCUCAAGGCGACCGCGGAGGGCCUGGGCAGAGGGAUCUUCGGGAAUAGUUACAAGGCGCUGCUAGAGGAUGGGCAAGCCGUGGUUGUGAAGAGGCUGAGGGAUCUGAAACCGAUGACAGACGAGGAGUUCACAAGGAAGCUAAUUUCCGUUGCCAGCCUGAGUCACCUGAACCUGCUGCCUCCCCUCGCUUACUACUACUCCAAGGACGAGAAGUUGCUUGUGUACCGAUUCGCCGAGAAGGGCAACCUCUUCAACCGCAUCCAUGGAGGAAGAGGAGGCCGAGACCGGGUACCGUUCAGGUGGAAUGCAAGGCUCUCAGCUGCCCGAGGCGCCGCGCUGGCGCUAGAGCACCUCCACCGCAGCUCCAGGGCCUCAAACGGCAUCGUCCCGCACGGGAACCUCAAAUCCUCCAACGUCCUUUUCGACCAGAAUGGCGAAGUCCUCAUCACCGACUAUGGCUUCGCAUCACUCAUCGCGGCCCCGAUCGCCUGCCACUCCAUGAUGGCCUACAAGUCGCCAGAGUACCAGAGCAGCAAGAGGAUCUCCCACAAAUCCGACGUCUGGAGCUACGGGGCCUUGCUGCUGGAGCUCCUGUCGGGCCGGAUCAGCGCAUUCUCGGCCCCGCCGGGGACCAGCGGCGUGAACCUCUGCACGUGGGUGCACAGGGCGGUGAGGGAGGAGUGGACGGCUGAAAUAUUCGACGUGGAGAUAUCGGUGCAGAGGAACGCCGCCCCAGGGAUGCUGAGGCUGCUGCAGCUGGCGCUCCGGUGCUGCGACAAUGCGCCGGAGAGGCGGCCAGAGAUGGCGGAGAUUGUGAGGGAGCUGGCGAGCAUGAAGCCGGUGGAUUCGGAGGACGAAAGCGACAUGUCGUACGAUCGGUCACUGACGGACGAGUCGGCGUCGACCAGCGCCUCGGGACCGGCCGGCGAUGAGAAAUCACGGUGAUCCGGACCGGAGAGUUUGGGCACUU